AUGAAAGCUACUUUUGAUCAAAAAUCGGACCAGAAUAGAGACAGGAAGGAGCCUGAAGCUGACGGAAAGGCGAUUUUACAAAAUAUAAGAGCUUAUAUUCCAGAUAUCAUCCUUACUGAACGUGAACAAGUUAGGGGUCCUUUGAACUCUAGUAUUAAGAAUUUCUAUGAUUGUGGAUUGCCAACAUGGAAUGAACUAAUUAGCUACAUUUUUAAAGACUUUGAUUUCGAAGAGUAUCGCAGAAAAAAGAAGUUUGAAUAUUACUCAAAGAAGAUAGAUAAGAAUAAAACUAUUCGCGAAAGUCUCCUUUCCUUCUAUGAUGAAGUCUCUAAAGAAAUAAGUGAAACGGAUGGGUUUUUGGUGAUGAGGGCAAAAUUGGAAAAAGUGGUGAACUAUUAUCAGUUAGCAGUUCCAUCAACCGAAAUGUUAUCUUCUGUUAAAAGUAUGAAGGGAUUAAAGCUUUUGAUUGAAAGGAACAUUCCCAGUCAUUUGAGAUUCCUGAAAAGCGCAUAUGAAGUUAAAGACUAUUAG